CAGAGGGAAUUCGAUCAGAUUGAAUUGGGCCAAUCGGCCUUCCACGGCGGCGGACGCGGCGUUUAACUCCCCUUUUUUUUGCGCCGAUGGACGACAUCGACGGGAGAGGCGAUCGGCCGGUGAGCUUCAUAGAUUUGUUGAGUUUGAGCAUCGACUGCGAGGAACAGAGGCCUCUGUUGCAGUUACUGCCUCCUCAUCAGGCGGUUUGUCUUCGUCCUGAUGAUUUUUCUCUUCCGCGGUUGCCUUCCCCGGAGAUUCAGGCUUUCCGGUCGCCUUCGGUGAUGAAUCUCCAUGGCGGCGGUGGAGACUUGGAGAUGAGGGUGAAUUGGUUGAAGCAGGAGAACGGUUCCUAUGGAUACAGCAACAACGAUAUUUCUGCCGGGGAUAUCUGCUUCCGUCACACGCCGGAUCUCCGGUUACCGGGAAGUCUUCAGUCGUUGCUUUUUCCGGAGAUGCUGCCUUUCCGGUCAUCUAAUGCGGCGUCUUCGGUGACGAAUCUAUGUGGAAGCAGUGCAGUCUUGGAGGUGAAAGGUCCGAAGCAGGAGAACCGUUCAUAUGGUUCCAACAACAACGGAUGCGCCAUUUCGGCCGGAGAUUUCGGCUUCCGUCUCCCGCCGGAUCUCCGGUCACAGGAAAGUCUUCGGUCGUUGCUUUUUCCGGAGAUUAUGCCAUUGCGGUCGUCUAAAGCUGUACCGGCGGCGUCUGAGGUGAUGAAUCCAUAUGGAGGCGGUGUAGACAUGGCGGUGAAAAGUCCCAAGCGGGAGAACCGUUACUUCGGAUACAAAGCAGGGGAUUUCGGAUUCGGUCACUUGCCGGAUCUCCCAUUUCUGGGAAAUCAACCGCCGGUUCCGGUGAAUAGUCAUUUCGGAUCCCGGCCUCCCCGCUGCAUUUUCCAAAAAGAGAUGAUCGGAAACCACCAGAAGGCAGCCUAUCCUUAUCGUCCGUGCGAGAAAUCCCUGGCGGCGAGGUUGAAGACGGAGAAGGUGAGUAGAUCCAGCGAAUUGGCCAGAGAGCGGAGGAGGAAACAGAGUGAGAAGAUCCGGAAUCUGCAGGAGCUGAUGCCGUGGGAGACGAAGAUGGACACGGCGAAGAUGCUGGGGGAGGCGUACAAGAAAACCCUAGCUCCGGCGUCUGCUGGCCGCUCGCGAAGCUCAGCCGCCGAGAGCUAUUGGAAGCGGCGGUGAACUCCCCGGCCGUCCAGAGGUU